AUGCAUGAAACCAAUUAUAAGCCGAAGAAUCAAAGCCUGAUUUCCAUUUCAAACUUGAAUCGAAACAUAAUUCAGAUUCUGGCCUUCUCAGAAAGUUCAGAUUUAAUCUCGGUGGUAGGUUCACCAGAAGUGUUCGGUCAUCGAUUUGUACCGUUACCGCCAUCAUCAGCAGCAGUGCGUGCCAGCACUCCAGAUUCAGAGUAUGAGCGUAUCAUCGAACGUUACGACCUAAUGAAUGCAACAUCGAUACCUCAGCUCUCGUCGUCGUCCUUUUGCACUAUCCCAAGUGCACCACAACUCAGUCUACAACCUCCAAUUCUAUAUCCAUCCAUUUUGCUCACUGAAGCAAACGCCCGUGCAAACAACCCUCAGAACCUACACGAAAUACCAGUCAACUACAGCACUUCACUAUCGGAUUUUCGUCCACCGAAGAAGCGUUUCGCUGAGAUGUCGUCGUCGUCGUCGUCAUCGGAACUGAAGUCCUCCUCAGCCACUUCACACACCACAACCUCAGCACCGAAUCGUCGACAGUACGUGCAACAUCCUUUCAUCAACCACUAUUCCUCCACUCAACGUCACUACCAACAACCGCCACCACCACAAACCUCAGCAUUCGUUGAGCCCAAUCGCUCCACUCCUUCCCUCAUCCCAAGCAACGAUCAAUUUCAAGAGGCAAUGAAUCAUUGGGAUUGGUAUCAAAUCGAUGACUUUAUAAUGCCCGUAGUGUUACGUGCCAAUCAACGUUACGCGGCCGUACAAAUCGUUCAGUUGAAGUUACUGUCGAAAUUUCCACCCAAUAUUCCCACUGAGAUGACAGCCAAAUUCAUAAUGGUCUCGCAUAAGAUGAGCGCAAUAGAAGCGUGGAUAUUGAAUAGUAUAAAUGCGGUGAUAACAAAAUUCGAUUUGGGAUGUCAUUUGUUUACGCCAAACGACGAGAUUGUUCGAGUGGAUGAUGUGGAGAGGUUUUAUUGGUCUGUCAAAGAAUGGAAUAUGAAGGCGAUGAUCGACCGGUAUAAUGCCGAGUUACACGACGCAUCCUCAACACACCUCAUGGCUGUCAUUACGAAAAUCAGAAAUUCCGUCCAAGAAUCAAUUCAGGUGAGUGCUACAAUUUAUCAUGCAUGCACUUCGCUUUUUAUUAACUAG